AUGGGGCUGAAGAAAGCAGGUCAGGUCAUCAAAGAGGGAACACAAACUAAAAGUGAAAAAUAUGACAAUAAGUCGAAAGACUCAGAGUAUAAGAUACCGACGAAGGAAUAUGAAGAGGGUCUGAAAGAAGAGUUGAAAGAUAAUAUAUUAACUGUGACAUGUGACAAGGACAGAAAUAAAACUGACAAAGUUGAUGUAGACAUGAAGAACAUUCCGUCAAAUCAGAUAGAACCAGAAGUCUCAAGUGAAAACAACGUAGAGCUUGAAAGACAGAGGUUAGAGGUAGAGAGAAGACGAAUUGAUUUAGAGUUUGCCAGACUACAGUCGGAGGAACGACAAAGUACGACACCAGCAAAGAAGUACAAUUCUCGGACAAAUAGGGGAGAAGUAAUGGUCAGUGUUGGUUCAACCAACAAUGUUAAGUGGCACGGGUCUGGUCAAGGUGUAACCAUAGAAGACUAUAGUACAGAACAGAGCAUUUCCAAAAAUAUGAAAUAUAUGUUCCGGAAAUUGUCCGAGAAAAAAGAUGCUGUGAUAGGCUUCAAAUCAUUCAAAGCAAAGAAAUAUAUGGCUGAACAUCUUCAGAAAAUACACAAAAUUGAGGAAUACAUGCACGUGGCUUUGCCGACCCAGGAGGAGGUCACUGUAGCAGGAAGAACUUGUUGUGACCGUAAUGGAAAACUUAAUCCGAAGUCUGUGGUAUAAGAAGGAGCAAUAGACACAUCUUCGGGGAAAACUAUCCCAGUAGACUUGUCACAACUGAAGGAAUAUGCUUUGUUUCCUGGGCAACUUGUUGCCAUGGCAGGUCAUAAUAGCACUGGGCAAAAAUGUGUGGCAAGCAAACUGUUUGAGAGUGUAAGUCUACCACUACCAGGGAUUCCAGCUAACACAGACACUAAGAACACAAGGUUAUCAGUGAUGGUGGCUGCUGGACCAUUCUCCGCAUCGGACUGUCUGUCGUAUGAACCUUUUACAUACCUUAUUGAACAGAUUCAGCUCGCCAGACCAGAUGUCUGUAUACUGAUGGGUCCGUUUGUUGAUUGUAAAAAUGCAGAAAUUGAG